GGCAUGUCGCUGAUAGGCUGCAGCGUGUGUUUGAAGCGUGCACGGCUUUUUCGGAAAAAAACUAUUGUGGCCAGUGACAGCGCGAAUCAUGAGAAAUUACAAUGGUGCUAGCUGACCGCCGUCGCAUAGGGCCUUCGUAUUUUGACGAGAUUCAAGGUUAGUGGAGCUGGCAUCUAAAACAACGACUGUCGUUUGACUACCUUGCCUACAACGCCGCCAAAAAAGCAGCGUCUGGUGGUGAAUUCGGAAGCACGUGGUUGCAUCCCUCAAUCGUCGAUCGGCCAAGAAUACGAUUGACAUCUCCGAAACUCGGCGCCCGUUGAUGCAACUCGUGCAGAAACAAAAAAGCUCAAAGGGAAGAGACUGAACGUGUGGACGCUUUACAUCGUGGACGACGGACUUGGCGUUUCCUCGCCUAUGAGAGUGUUGACACUGCUACGAACGCCUCGCGCCUUCAGAGAUCACAAGUGAUGUUUUGGGUUAUGGAUACCACCGAGAGGACUGACGGAUGUUCGACUUGCGGAAUCGGGGCUUUCCAGAACAAGGAGGAGUUGUUUCAGCAUAGUUUCUCCUUGGAGCACCACAGAAGACUUGCGGAGAAGAGUAACUCGACGUGGUGUCACGUCUGCGACCUCUGCAAGAAGAGAGCAGGGCCGCUGCAGAACUUCAACGACCACGUGCGCGGCCGCAAACACCAGCGGGCGCUUGACAAGUACAAGGAAACUUUAGCAUGGGAGCAAGCAUCCAGAGCUGAGCCGAGCCUUAGACAGAGCAAGACCCCAACGUGGUCGUACAGAGCUAGCAAGGCGGAGAAACUUUCCAGUGGCGAGAAAAUCGAAAAUUCAGCAUCCAAUCUGCACGGAAGGUCCAAGGAGCCAAUAAAGAGCGCAGUCGUCGUCAAAAACGGCGAUCGAGCCACCAAGCGCGGGAAGCAAGGGCACCAAAGUUCAAAACGUGCCGGUUCGCAGGACUACGAAGACGCUCAGCCAAAUAAGCGCUCCAGGAGGGACCCAUCUGCCGAUUAUAGAGGCAAGGCGAGCAAGAGGGCGUCCGUCGGUCGGAGCAGGAGCAGUUCGACGCACCGUCGGAAAUCGGCAGACUACGCCGACAACCCUGCCUCCAAGGACGACUCCUUCGAGGCUGAUACACUUUCGGUAGAGGAGCACGUGGACAGUGACAUCGACGACGACGACUACGAAAUGAACAGGAAUUGGAACGGGCCGCCCCGUUUCCCGAUGGCCCCAUACAACCGAGGUGGCCCCUUUAGGGGCUACCGCGGGCGGGGCAAUUGUAUGUGGAAUAGACCCCUCCGCCGCUGCCGCAGCCGUACAACCGGUACGACAAUUCCAGGUCACCUUUCGAUGCUUACAACCAACGCCCACCAGCCGGCGGUCACUCCCAGUGGAGUAACGACGACUAUAACUGCAACUUCGAGCCAUAUGGAAAUGGGGGGUGGCAAGGAGGCAGCAAUCGGUGGGACCGGGAAGGCCGCAAAGACACGUGGCAAGGCAGUGACUGUGCUAGCAAAGACGAUGGUCACAGAGGUGAUAGUCGAAAAGACGGGGACGAUGGUCGCAGGGACGACAGUCGCAGAGAUGACGGUCGCAGGGACGACAGUCGCAGAGAUGACAGUCGCAGGGACGAUGGUCGCAGAGAUGACGGUCGGAGAGACAAUAGUCGCUGGGACAAUGUGCGUAGGGAUGAUGAUCGCAGGGACAAUGGCCGCAAGUCACGUCAUCAAUCUCCAGAAAGUGCACCGGGGACAGGCAGUCGGGGUGAGCGCGCUGCCACUCGGGACAAUAAGGAACAGGGUGAUAAAGUUGCAACCCGUAGCAGCGGUUCAUCCAAAUCGCAGAGUUCCUCCGAUAAAUCUUCUGUGUCGGCCAGGUCAAGCACAGCAAAGCGAAGGCACUGUGAAGAGCGGCUCGUUGUCGGGCCGCUCUCAGAAAAAGGAUUCUACAGUGCAGGAGCCAAACAAGGUCGCCAUUAAAAGCGUAAAGAAACGGUCACCCCAGGCACCCACUGUUAAGGGUACCUUGGGGAAGGCAAAACCGGCGGUCAACCUUGGGCUGUCUACCAAAAGCAAAGCACCAGACGUGCUAAAAACUUUGGCAGGCUUGUCGAAAACAGGAGCAACGAGUUCACCAACGUCAUCUGGUAAGCUCAUCAGUAAACCCAGGCCCACAGCCAGGAGCAGUGCUUCACCCUCUACGGUUGUCACCAACACAACGGUGCAAGUGAAAAAAGAGUUCGUUGAGAAUAUGGGAAGUGCGGCAGAAGCCGCCGCAGCCGCAGCAUCGUUGUUGUCUUCCUCUGGUCGAAACCACCUAAUAUUCCUCUCCUCCGAAGACGAAGACGCAGAUGCACAAGGAAAGGAGGCGUCGAAUCGGCAGGAAAGACGGGACGACAAAAUGUCGGCAACCGAGAAGGCAGGGUCAAGCGAGAACCAUAUCAAGCCAGCGUUGUCUUUCAGCCCCGAGAGGGGUGACGCUCAGGCGAAGAAGACGUUGAUGAGCCCUAAGCUCGGGCUGCUUUCAACCAAAGACGUGUACCGCAGAGAUGUGCUGGACAAGCUGGUCAAUUUUCCCUCGUCCCCGCAGGUGCAGGCGCAGCUCAACAAGUGGAUGAUGGAAAUGCAGAAGUCACAGAGGUCGGUGAUGGCGCGGAAGACGAUGAGGCCGAGCACGACACAAGCCCGCCUGGGGCCAGAUGAUGAUCCCUUGCUGGGCAGCAUACCCAGCAUCGACUUUGACGUGCUCGUCAAGCAGGUUGAGUCGUGCGAGCUGCCCGAGGAGAUGCUCAAGAGCCUGAUGCACGCUCUCAGCUCGGACAUGGAGCAGCCCCACUCGUCUGCGGCAGAAGUGCCAUCGCCAGUCACGGCGGGCCUCGGCUCGAAAGGGAGCGGUAGUCUGCGCGCGACGCCAGAGUUGAGGGCAAGUCCGCGGUCGACGCCCCCAAGCAGCAGCAGGGCUGCGAGGUCUCCCGCCACAAAGGCGAGUCCAGUCCUCCCAAAGAUUUCGAGCGUGGCCAAGAGUCCGGGUGUGAAGGGUGGUUCAAACGUGUCCGUAAAGUCUGCAGCAAAGCCAAGUGCAGACAGCGCUUCGUCUUCGGAUGAUGAGUGCCUAGUUGUUCCGGCUCCAAAGGAAAAAGUGGUUCCUGUCGUGAUAGACUCUGACGAGCACAACACCUCAGAUGAGGACAACAGGCCGAGCACCACAACACCGACGGUGAAGGUGUCACAAGAAAAGGCUACACCUCCACCACAGCGUGCUUCGUCAACGCCAACAGCGGCACAGCAAAGCAGUAAGCAGGUGCGCAAGGCUGAGAAGCCUGCUCGGAGAAAAGGCAGGCAGCCCUCUGCCAGUGCGGACAGCAGCACCGUCGACAGCGCCGCAGCGUUACCGACACCUUCACCUCCCGUCGCAGCCCGAGACGAAGAAACUGUCGCGGCAGAGUUGUCGCGGGAAGCCAAGAGGCCGUCAUCGAGGUCGAAGAGCGCCACUCCCACCACUUCCGAAAGCCACACCGCCUCCACAUCGGCCGUCUUGUCACCGGGAAUGGCGUCCAGCAGCUUCAUCAGACGCCGUUCGCAGACAUCAGUCUCGCCAGCCACGUUUGCGGUGGCCUCCAUGCCUGCCGUCUCGUCGCCAAAAGCAACACCGAGCAACUGCGUCAGACACGGUUCACCGGCGUCAGUCUCGGCAGCCACAUUUCCUAAGAAUUCAUCAGAGCAGCCUGUGUCAGGGCAUUCGCCACUGCCAAGCGUCGCUCCAACAUCAUCGCCGCCACUGGAAGCGGUUAUCACCAAAGUGGAACCGCCCCCUACGCCACCGCCUCCCGUCACACCACCGGAUGACGUGAAGCCGCUGAAUUUCGUUCCACUGGGUGGCACACCGUCAGGUGAAAUGCCGUCUGGGUCCAUGCCGUCGGGCGCCAUGCCGACAGACACCAAGCCACCCGUGCAAGCGGCGAUGAAGACAUUGGUCAACGACCUGGCACAUCGAUGCCAGCUGGAGGACACUAUCCGCCAGGAGCUUGCGCAGGUCGAGCAGGGCAUCGCCUCUGCACUCGCCACACUAGAAGAGCUGAAGAAAAGGAAAGAAGAGUUGGUUACAAGAGAAGCCCAAGUUAGGAAAGAAAGGCUGGAAAUACUGCAGUGUCUUCAAGGAGCCGCAUCAGCUCUGCCUGGGGACAGCCAACCCCUGCUGCACUUCACGCUGCCAGCGCAAAGCGUCGCAGCCAUGGAGAUGUUCUCCUCCUUUGGCACGGGCAGCAGCGAUGUCAUGUUUGGGGUGGCACCAGCGCCACCACCGGGUGGCGCGUCAGUCUUCGCAGGACAGGGAGGAGAGCCAUUUGCUCAAGCACCCGCUCCCAUUGCCAGGGAUAUUGCCCAGCUGUUGCUGCCUCACCUACAACAGUUUGGCGCAGACAUUGACAUCAACAAACUCUCCACGUCGACGGGUCACAGUGGUUUGUCGAUGCCGACCACGUCAUCCGCGAUGCCAACCAUGUCACCCGAAGUCAGCGGGGGGCCGUCGUCCAGAAGAGCAAUGACGAAGCGAAAAAUGGCAAAGGAUGGAGAGCCAGCCACGAGGAAAAGAACAAGAACAACAAAGGCCGAGGCUGAAGGAGAAGCUGAGGAGUCACAACUGGAUCAGAUUCCUCCUUGCCAAGAAAUUUCAGCGCACGACUCUCCUAUUGUGGCUGUCAAGCUUGUUGGGCACUACGUGUAUUCCUGUUCCAACGACUGUUCAGCCCGUCGUCACAACCUCCUGGAUUCCAGCCAGUGUGUCAUCUACCUGGGAAGCACUAAGACGGUGAAUUCAAUCGAAGUGCACAACGGAAAAAACCACCCUGCAGUGCUGUACACUGCUUCGCUUGACGGGCUUCUUCGAUCCUAUGACCCCGAGACGGGGGAUUGCUUUAACACCUUCAACGCGGAGUCGCCAAUCAUGUGCACUGCGCUGGCCUGGGGUAAAAUAUACCUUGGCCUCCAGACGGGAUAUGUUGCUGUGUUCAAUGUCAAGAGUCGGACUCUACAAGACACCUUUUUCUGCUCCAACACCUCUCUUAGCCGCAUCACAACUUCAACGGAAGGAGCCCAGAAGCUUCUGUGCACGAUCUCGUUUGACGGUGGCAUCACGUUCCGGGACCCGUCGACCGGUCUCUUGUUCCGGUGCCUCGAGGGAGUCGUGCAGCCUCCGUGCUACAUCUCCAUCAACAAUGGCACGGUCUAUACGUCUUCAUCGGAUCGCACGAUACGAAUCCACGAGCUUCGGACGGGCAUCCUCCAGAAGGUGUACGAAUGCCGAAGUGCUGCCACGGGCCUGCGUUACCACAAAGGCCUCAUCGUGUGCUGCUCCUUCGACGGCCUGAUACGUUGCUACAAAACGAAGGACUUCUCGUGCGAAGUGGUCUACUAUGGUGCAGGCAAGAACAUGGUUAUGAGCAUGGACGUCUGUGGCCCUCUGAUUGCCACUGGCAACCGCAAGGGCAAGAUUGAGGUGAUCAAGUUUGACAAGUCAAGCCUACAGACUUGUGAGAUUCGUUCGUGCAACCUAAAGUUUGCGCGGGAGGAAGACUUGUUGCACCACCUGAAGCGCGAGCACAUCGGCCUCGGCGCAAAGGGUGCCAUGACGUGUCCGUGGAACCAUUGCCAGAUGACCUUUUCGGGACCCAACUGCAACAAGGACUUCGAAAAACACCUGAUGGACCACGCCUGCACGUGAGGACCCCAUUGGCGUUUCGUCCUCAGCCUUCUUCAGUACAAUCGUGUCGAUGAAAAUUUUUUUUCUCGUCGCAAGCCCGAAUUUCGAGGCUGUGGAUCACACGGGUGUCAUAGUCAGUAUCGAGCUUCAGGGCUGUUAGUCACACGAAUGUCGUAUUUUUGUCGUGCUUAUUUCCCAAUGAUGUCAUUUUUUAUACAUGCCUUGUAGAUAAUGCCUUCCUUGUAAUUGCUUACCAAAGUCACGAUGAUGUUGACGCAAGUGUAUAUAAACAUGUUUUUGUAACGCAAGCUCAACACCGCAUCAAGCUCCAGCCAACUUCCUAAGAUGCCAUCUUGUCAGUACACAUUGUCUCAUGUCAUCAUUUUCCAUCUGUCCUCAUGUUUGUUGGUUUCUCAAAUUUGUCUUUGUUUUUACAAAAGUGCUACCUAGGUGCCUUGCCUGCUUGGCACACAGACCCCCGCCAGAGUCGCAUCACAUUGUGUUGAGUUGCUCAUUGUUUUUGGGUCCAAAUUCUUGGCCCUUGUUUCAGUGUUGCUGCAAGGCUGUUUGUUUAUUUCAUUUGUUGGUGUUUUGUGUUCUUGUUGUACUUUAACUUUGGUAUGCAAUUUUUUUUUUUACACAUAGUACUGGGAGCUAUAUUCUCAGUGAUUCGCUUUCACAUGAUGUGGCAUCUGCGGCAAUGGUUCCUCACUGGAGAAGAGCCGAGCAUUCUGGCUGCUGGUUCUUCUGAGCAUUUAUUUCUUUGAGGGUGCCCCUGGAGGUGAAUGACUGAAAGUGCUGCUUCCGUGCACAAUGCAUUGCUCAUUCAUCUUAGCCUGCCUUGUCAGAAAUUUAGAGAGGCCAGAAUAAAGAGUGCUGUUGAGUUGGAU